CUCUCGCCAUGUUCGCGCCGAACGAGCGGCCCGUCGUCCUUUUGCUGCGAUAGUGAGGAUUUCCAAGCUCAGGAGAAGAGUCCGUCUUCAUCUUUGCGAACGAUCAAGAGCGAUCAAGAGGAAACGCAGAGCGAGGACCGAUAAAUAUAGGGAGGGGACCGCGGUCGCCCGCCAUGGCGGGUCCGUAUCUGUCGCCCCUCGGGCCCCAAGCGGAUUUAUUAACCGAAUACAUGUUCGGCCGUCGUCGUCAGGUCAGUAGACGCAAUCGGACAACGUUUACGCCGCAACAGCUUCAGGAAUUGGAAUCUCUUUUCCAGAAAACGCAUUAUCCCGACGUUUUCCUUAGAGAGGAAGUCGCACUUCGGAUAUCGCUCUCAGAAGCACGUGUUCAGGUAUGGUUUCAAAACAGACGGGCAAAGUGGAGAAAGCAAGCUCGGUUACAAUUGCUGCAGGACGCGUGGAGAAUGCGAUGCUUGGGUUUAGGGAGCGCCACGCCGUUGCUGCUCGGCCGACCGCCUCCCAUGAGUCCCAGCAGCCUCACCGAGAGGACCAACACCGCCACCGACGCGUCCUCCUCCACUUCGCCGUCGUCCUCGUCGGCCCUCGCAAAUUCGCCGACCGCGAGCGAUAAAUUACCCGAGAUCGGCGGUCCAGGAUCGGCCUGCAGAGACUUUAGAAUCCUGCCUCCGCCGCCACCCGGAUACUCGGUACCUUGCGACAAAUCGCCCGAUAGGCUCAAGUGCCGAUGCGGAACGCCGCCGAGAAUCUGCGCGAGUCCCGUGGAUCGUGUCGACAUCCUGACGACGAGGGAGCGGCCGCAGGAGGCAGAGAUGGAUCUAACUCUCAAAAGCCAUCAUCACGCGUCCGGCAGGCAGGUCACUACCCUGUUCCAUCAUCAUGUAGCGAGCAGUCCUCAGCAAAACAUGGACGAGCCUUUAGACGUCACUCUAAACAGCGCCAAGAACAACUGAGAGCGGGGAGAUGAAUUGAACGAUAUCCAAGACUUUUAAUACUUUGAAAUUAUUUGAUUCUCCCCCGCCGAGUGUGUAUGAUGUGUAUCAUAUUUGGCGCUUAUCGGAAGCGCUGAACUUCAUCAGUUUCCAAGACGUUAAGAUUUCUUCUUUUUCAUUCUUCAUCUUUUUGCUGAAUCUUUCAUGUUCAGUUGUUGCACAGUGUGAUGGUAACUUAAUUUUAUACAUAAUAAUAUAAAUAUAAUAAUUUCACGCAAUUAAGAAUUAAUUAACAAAUCCGGGUCACGCUCGCUAUAUCAAUACUUGGAGCUAAAGAAAAAUGAUUAUCGAAUGUUUUAAUCGAAAAGAAAAUCAAUCAUAUCGCAACGUAUUAUGAUACUCUUUAUCGUUGUAUAUAUAUUUUUUAUCGUUAGACUUAUUUGUAUUAUAUUGAGCGAAUGUAAUUUAUAGCGACGUGCCGGAAAUAUAUAUUUAAAAGACAGGUAUGUUGUCUUUUCGCGUACGGUUGUAACAUUGGGAUGUGCAGUGAUUACAGAUCGCAAUGUGAUCGAGAAUGAAGUAUUUUUAAAGCAAUAUUUUAUAAUAAUAAUUAGACGCUAAAUAUCUUUCAAGAUACUCAAUCCGACAGUAUUCAUAAUCGAAGAUUUUCAUGUAAAAAAAGAAAAACAUUAAUUUUCUCAGUAUUAAAUCAAAAUUAUAUACAUAUAAAUUUGUUGUUUGGCAAUUAUAACAUCACGAUAUUAUCUUGCAUUCUCUUACAAAUUUCUCAACGUCUUGUUAAUAGAUUUGUUAAUUAUCUGUAUAUAACUCUCUCAUAUCUUUAUUAUUAAACAAUAAAAGUUUCUUUCAUUCUUUCGAGAAAAAAAUACAAUGUUAAAAGGAUCGUAAUUAGAAAAAAAUAAUUGAUUUUAUUCACCGAGUAUUUUAUUUUUGUAGAAAAAAUUGCUAUUUAUUAGUAUAUAUUACUGUGUAGAAAAAAAUUAGUAAUUUGUACAAAGUUGAACAUGUAUUUCUUAUACGAAAGAAACUGAAAGGAUUAAGCGAUAAAAGUGCAAAUGACCAUUAUCCGGAUACAGUUUCAUAGUCAUGAUUACGAAACUGUACUCGAAUAUAUAAAUCGUAAUAUCCGCAAAAAUUCAAAUUGUCUUUACAAAACAUUUGUCAUUUAUUUUGCGCGUGCAUAAUUUUUAUCUGUAAAAAUUUUCAAAAAUAAGACACAAAUGAAAUGCUGAAACGCGUUUCUGUAUAGUAGUUUGAUUAAUACGUUCUGAUGUCGAUAAUGAUUAAUCGAGGGAAUAGCUCUCUAUUGUGCCAGAAAAGGAACGGAUUUUUUCUUUUAAAUUUAUACGAUGUAAAAUAUCGCAAAAUAAACAAUUGUAUAAUCGGGUGCGUUAAUGGUAUUCCGGUUGCACUUAUAUAUAUCCAAGUUUUCCUAUAAUACAUAAAUGCGUAUCUUCUCAUUUUUACAGAAUUAAUUAUAUGCUUCAAUUACUUUAUGUUCGCGAAAAAAAGUUGUAUUCUUAUGAAUACGAUUGUAUCGGUUCAUCAUUAUAUAACGUAUCCAAUUGCACAUGAUUAUAAAAUCGACUCAAGUCGAUUCAAGUUGAAAAAUGCAUUCGCACAUCUUCCAAUUCGCGCCUGCGUGUGCGAUAUAAUGACUGAGAGUAGAAAAAGAUUUUUUUUCCAAGAUGAUAUAUAUCCUUUCUUUUAGUUGUUAUACUAGUUUUUCAUAAGAAAAUGCGAAAUGUUAACGCUGUAUAUAGAUUUGACAUAUAUAUAAAAUUAUAAUUUAUACAUAAAUAAAUGAAUAAAUAAAAAUA